GUCUUUUGUCAUGAGUUUAUUUGUGCACGGCCAUGGCACAAACCAAUUCAACUCACUACAAACACACAGGUGAAAUGUGAAUAUAGCAGUAAAGAUGGAGGGAACGGCCAAUCCUUCGUACAGUCCGGAACCGGACCGGUACAGCGCUGCGCUAUCAGCGUCGCCCACUUCUCCGCGGCCCCGUCAGCGGAUCCCUCGGAGCUUGAGUAACCGUACCGGCGACGCUCCAGACGGUAUCAUCUACCGGUCGUCAUGGGUAGGAAUGAACGAGGACGCCGUGAAGGUGCGGUCCGGCCACGUCUUCUGGCGGGUGUUUCGCCUGACAUCGAUGGGCGUGAUAGUGGCGUGGUGGUUGGCGAUGUUUAUAGCGGGUAUCGUGGUGUUGGCCCGUGGAGACGCCGGCCAGGGCAGUCUGUGCUUGACGCAAGAGCGAUGGUUCGACACUGCCAUCGGUUAUCAGAUCGUUCCUGCUUCGUUUCAGGACAGCGACGGAGACGGUUAUGGCGACAUAAAAGGUAUCAUUUCUCGGUUGGACUAUCUGGAAUAUUUGGGUGUAGAUGCCAUCUGGUUGGGGUCGAUUUUUCAGUCAGCCCAUGCGGAUCUCUGGAGGGACGUGACCGACCUCACUGCAGUCGAUGAAGUUUUCGGAACAAUACAGGAUUUCGAGAACCUUGUAAAAGCCGUGCAUGACAAAGGCAUGAAGCUGAUUUUAGAGUUUAUCCCGAAUCAUUCCAGCGACCAGCACCCUUGGUUUCAGGAAAGCCGACAGGGUACCGACAAUGAGUUCCGCGACUACUACAUCUGGGCUGAUGGCACUAACGGUGGACCGCCACCAUCCACGGGAAGCAAUGAUAAUGACGGUCAGUGGUCAUGGGAGUAUGACUCGACCAGGCGUCAGUGGUAUCUGUAUUCCUUCAUGACAGAAGAACCAGAUUUGAAUUACCGAAAUCCCGCCGUCAUCGGAGUUAUACAGGAUGCCUUGAGGUUUUGGCUAGAGAAGGGAGUGGAUGGGUUUUACAUGCGCCACGUAGAUCGCCUGAUGGAACCGCGGAUGGUGACCGAUAGCCCCGCUGAUACUGAGCAGGGAGACGGUGCUACAUCCACGGUGGAAAGUAUAAACUCGGAAUCAAGACAGGAGACGCUAGAUGUGAUCGCUGGGUGGCGCCAUCUACUCGAUGAAUACGAAGCGUCAAAUGAUACACACGACAACUCAAAAUUACUCGCGAUAGACACGGGCAAAGAUCUUGCCCUAGCAACUCUGGUCUACAGUAACAAAUCGGGAGACCUUGGGCAUGCAGCAGCCAGCCUGCCCAUCAACUCCAUGCUCCUGGACAUGGCUUCGCCUCUGAAUGGACAUGAGAUACGGAAAGCAAUCGAGAGCUGGAUGACCGCCGGGCCUGUCGGGAGUUCCAGACUGUGGACAGUCGGCUCGGCGGAUGAGAGUCGUUCCGCGUCCCGCUACGGCGAACCUUUCAGCCGCGCCAUGCUCUUCCUGGUGCUGAUGCUCCCGGGCUCCCCGCUGAUAUAUUACGGCGACGAAAUGGGCAUGACGGACGCGCAGAAGAUGAAUGGGUCUGCCGCUGGAAUGAUAAGGCAUGACGGAGAGCUAACCCGCUCCCCAAUGCAGUGGUCCCCUGACGUCUACGCUGGUUUCACUGAUGCAUCGGCGGCAGAACCCUGGACACCUGUCGGUUUAAAUGCUACCAAAACCAAUGUCGAGCUGCAGAGACGAGACAAUAACUCUACCCUCGCCUUCAUCGAGCGAACAAUCCAAUUCCGAAUAAACAAGUCGGAAUUUUUCGGGAUCGAUCACCCAGAGUCGUUUCGACUUCAGACAACUUUCAACGAAGUCUUGGCAGUCACGAAGGAGUUACCGCCGGAGAGUGAUUUCGAGGCCAGCACUCAGGCGCUGUUUGCCGCCGUCAACAUCGCGAAGUACGAGGUUACCGAGGAUUUCGAAUCCAGAAGAGAACGGAUUCCGAGUACCGGUAUCGUCGUGGUCGCAACCGACGCAAGCCGAAUAGGAGAAUCGAUUAAUUUUGCCAAGCUUUUACUACGGUCCGGGGAGGCCAUUUUAAUACAGUAUGAGUUAUUACCCAAACCAGAUGGCUUUAGGGAACCUAACGAAGAAGAAUAAUACCGUAGAUAUUUUUAGCAUUGUUAUGUCUGUGUGAACCUACACCAAACAUACACCCAACUCCUUUUCCAUCGUUUUUUUUAGCGGUUUAUUUUUGCCAGACCCAAUAAGGGCCAGUAUUUUAUCUUCUAAUGACUGAGUCAAUGACUGAGUCAGUGACCGAGUCACUGACCGAGUCAGUGACCGAGUCAAUGACUGAGUCAAGACUGAGUCAAUGACUGAGUCAAUGACUGAGACAAUGACUGGGUCAAUGACUGAGUCAAUGACGUACUGAGUCAAUGACUGAGUCAGUGACUGAGUCUGUGACAGAGUCAGUUACUAAGACAGUGACUAAGACAGUGACUGAGUCAGUGAAUGAGUCAAUGACUGACUCAAUGUCUGAGUCGAUGACUGAGUCUAUGACUGAGUCAAUGACUGAUGAGUGACUGAUUCAAGCCUUGUCUUGAAUGGACAUUUAUUGCUCCGGAAUGCGGCUUUUUGUCCUGCAUAACGUGUUUCUCACAUAAUUGCAGCCGUGUAUAGGCCUAUAUAGGAUGUAUACAAACGUUUUUACCAUUCUCUCCGUAAAUAUUAACGUAAUGUGGAUAUUUGCGACCUAAACCUUUGAUAUAAUGUUUGUAAACAACACGAAGCGCUAUACAUUCAGGCAAUUUCCCAAUGGAAGGACACAUUUUAUUGAUUUAAUUUAAUAUUAAAAUGAGAGAAAAAAAGUUUAAUCAGACCAUCAGACCAUUCAGAAUACAUCGAGGUGCAUGUAUAGGCCUACAAUGAUUAUUAUAAUAUGUAAGCAUGUACCUACAUCUCAUUGAAGAACAGUGCAUGUAUACUUAUACUUGGACAUGAGAACAUGAAAUAAAAUAGCAAUUUGUAUUGUACAGG